AUGCCGCGCACCGUGGCCGUGGUCGGCGGCGGCAUCAGCGGCCUGGCCGCCUGCUACCACCUGGCCCGCGGCCCCGGCGCGCCCAAGGUGGUGCUGCUGGAGGGCAGCGCCCGCCUGGGCGGCUGGCUGCAGUCCACGCGCACCGAGGAUGGCGCCGUGUUCGAGCACGGGCCGCGCGGCGUCCGGCCGGCCGGAGCCGCGGGCAGGGACACGCUGCGCAUGGUCUCCGAGCUCGGCCUCGAGGGUGACGUCCUGCCCGUCCCCGGGGACCACCCGGCCUCCAGGAACCGCUUCCUCUACGUGCGCGGCGCCCUGCACAAGCUGCCCUCGGGCCUCGGGGCCCUGGUGCGGCCGGUGCCGCCCUUCUCCCGCGCCCUGCUCUGGAGCGGCCUCCGCGACCUGGUGGCCCCCGCGGGCACCCAGCCCGACGAGAGCGUCCACUCCUUCGCCCGCCGCCGCUUCGGCGCCGAGGUGGCCGACAUCGCCGUGGACAGCGUGUGCCGGGGGGUGUUCGCCGGGGACAGCCGGGCGCUCAGCGUGCGCUCCUGCUUCCCGGCGCUCUUCGAGGCCGAGCGGCGCCGCCGCUCCGUGCUGCUGGGCACGGCGCUGGCGCGAGGUGAGACCCAGAGCGCCGAGUCGCCGCUGAGCCGGCGGGCGCGGGCCGAGCGCUGGAGCCAGUGGUCGCUGCAGGGCGGCAUGGAGAGGCUGGCCGAGGCGCUGGGCGCCGCGCUGCGGGCGCGCGGCGUGGAGCUGCGGUGCCACGCGGCCCUGCGGCGCCUGCGCCACGGCCCCGCCGGCGCCUGGCAGCUCGCGCUCGACGACGGCACCGUCACAGCCGACCACGUGGUGAGCGCCAUCCCGGCCGCAGCCCUGGCCGCAGCGCUGCCCGCCGAGGCCGAGCCGCUGGCCCGCGAGCUGCGGAGCAUCCCCGCCGUGACCGUGGCCGUGGUGAACCUGCAGUAUGACGGUGCCGAGCUGCCCGUCACGGGCUUCGGGCACCUGGUGCCCUCGUCCGAGGACAGCUCCGUCCUGGGCAUCGUCUACGACUCGGUGGCCUUCCCGGAGCACGACCGUGCGGGCCCCCCCUCGCUGCGGCUGACGGUCAUGCUGGGGGGCGCCUGGUUCACGCAGAGCUUCGGGGACCCUGCGGCCGCGGUGCCCGCCGUGCUGCUGGGCCGGGCUCGCGGCGCCGUGCGGGCGCAGCUGGGGCUCGAGGCGGCGCCGUCCCGCGCCAUCGUCAAGGUGCACCAGGCCUGCAUCCCCCAGUACACGUUGGGUCACUGGCAGCGCACAGAGAGCAUCAGCCGGUACGUGACGGAGCGGCGGCUGCCCCUGAGCCUCGUCGGGGCCUCCUACGGCGGCGUCUCCGUCAACGACUGCAUCGCGAGUGCCAAGGUGGCCGCCAGCCGCAUCCUGGGGCCGUCCUGCUGAGCCUGCCCCGGCC